GUUCUUUAUAAAAAUAAAUUUUCAAGAAUGGAAGUUAAGGAAGAGAACAGAGAAGAGUAUGAGAUCCAUGGAGGGUUUAACCAGGAUACCAUCUCUGCGAAGUAUGAUGAACUCUGUAGGAACUAUGAGGAGGUUUAUAACUCAGUAGGGUGGCCAGAUCCUUCGCAAUGCGCAGAGAAAGCUGUCGAGCAUGGAUACACACAGGAGAGCGAAGUCCUUGAUAUGGGAUGUGGAACUGGACUUGUGGUGGACUAUCUUAAGGAAAAAUCAGGAGCUGAUACAGUAAAGGCUAUUGGAGUUGAUGCUAGUGAUGGUAUGAUUAAGAAAGCUGAAGAGAAAGGAACCUAUACUGAAAUCAGAAACUUCCUCCUUUGUAACCUAGAGUCUUUUAAGACUAACCAUUCAGACCUGAUUGGAAGAUUCGACUAUGUUACUGCUUCAGGACUUCUCGCUGAAGGUCAUGCUACCCCAGAAGUCUUUGACGAGAUGAUUGAAGCACUCAAGGUUGGAGGAUAUGCCAUCUUCACUUCAAGAAUUGAGUACCUUGAGCCACUGAACUACCAAAAAGGAAUGGAUGAGAGAGUUGAAAGCGGCAAAUGGGAAUUCAUCAAGAAAGAGGAGUACGAGAAAUACUCAAAAGCUAAGGACUGUCCUCUUGGCAGGUUCAAGCCAGUGAUGUCAGAGGUCUUUGUGUACAGAAAACUUUAAACAUAAUUAUUUGGAUUAAUUUCAAAAUUUCUUGA